AUGGGAAAUUUAACAUCAGUGACAGAAUUCAUUCUUCUUGGACUGACAGAUGAUGUCAUGUUUCAAGCUGUGCUUUUCCUUUUUCUGCUUCUAACUUAUUUCUUAAGUAUCACAGGAAACUUGACCAUCAUCAUUCUGACCCUACUGGAUCAUCGCCUUCAAACUCCUAUGUAUUUCUUCCUCCGAAAUUUUGCAAUUUUGGAACUAUCUUUUACCUCUGUCUUUGUUCCCCAAACACUAGUCAAUAUUGGAAGUGGAGACAAGACUAUCUCCUUUGCUGGGUGCUUCACUCAGUAUUUUUUUGCAAUCCUUCUGGGAGCAACCGAAUUUUACCUUUUAGCUGCCAUGUCUUAUGAUCGCUACAUUGCCAUUUGUAGACCCCUGCAUUACACAGCUGUAAUGAGCAAGAGACUUUGCAUUCAACUUGUCUUAAGUUCCUGGUUUUCUGGUUUUGUGGUUGUCAUUGUGCCACAUAUAAUGACUCUUCAUCUGCCUUCCUGUGCAUGCAAUGUCAUCAAUCAUUAUUGCUGUGACUACAAUAUAUUGUUACAUUUGUCCUGUUCAGAUACACAUAGCAUAGAAGUAGCUCAGUUUGUCCUUGCUGCGGUGACCCUCAUCUUUACCUUGUUUUUGGUGAUUCUUUCUUACACCCACAUUAUCAGGACCAUUCUGAGAAUCCCUUCCGUUCAACAGAGAAAGAAAGCUUUUUCUACAUGUUCCUCUCACAUGAUUGUGGUCUUACUUUCUUAUGGAAGCUGUAUCUUUAUGUAUAUAAAUCCUUCUGUUAAGGAUGCAGCAAAUUUUAUUAAAACAGUGGCUGUUUUAAAUACCUCAAUUGCCCCUCUGUUGAACCCCUUUAUCUAUACUCUAAGGAACAAGCAAGUGAAAAUAGCCUUCAAAGAUAUGGUAAGUAAAAUGAUAAGUUUGUCAGAAAAGUGA